AUAAGAAUUCAGACAACACUUAGUCAUUGCUAUUGCUCCGGCGCAUAAGUCGCUUCUCUGCAUGUGCUCUCUCUCUCUCUCUCCUUCACAAUUGUAUAUAUACACACAAACCCACACAGUUUCAUGUCUCCUUCUUUUUAUAUAUCAUUGAAGCCAUAUCAAUGGGGAACUGCCUGAGACACGACAAUGGCUUUGCUGGAAAAGAAAAGGACGAUCUCGAACCCGAGCUCCCGGUUGAGUUAUUGGAAGAAGGUAAAGGGAGUAGCGGUGAGGAAGGAGGAAGUGAAAGAUCAACACAAAAAGAGUCUAAGGUGGUGAGGAUCAAAGUAGUGGUGACAAAAGGAGAACUUAGACAAAUCUUGGGCCACAAGAAAGGUACCAAUUCCAUUCAACACUUAGCUCACGUUCUUAAAGAUAGUGGCCGAAACAUCUCCAGGGCUUAUGAAGAAGAAGAAGAACAAGGUGAUGAAAAUUGGAGGCCUACGUUAGAAAGUAUUCCUGAGAAUCAUUAUUGAAAUUAAUCAUAUCAAUAUAUUCAACUAAGAGUCCAGUUUUUCUUACCUUUUCCUAGACGGCUGUUUAUUAUGUUGUCUAUGAUUGCUCCUUUUUAACCAAAGUUGUCUCAGGAACAUUGGUUUUCUUUUCCUUUCCUUGUUUUUUCCCCAGGA